CUUUUUGAAUAGAAGUGAAGAUGCCAUUAUGGGUAUAAACCCAUUUCGUGCAUCAGAGAAGCUGAAAGAUGCAACGGAAGAGUCCCAGAAAGAAGCCCUUCGUCGGUGCCAGAUGGCCUGUGACCUGUUUGAGAUUCGCCAACACCUGCGAAAGUCUUGCUUCGUGGGCCUGUUUGGUCCUCAGAAUGGCGGUAAAUCCACGCUUAUUCAGACGGUGUGGGGCGUGACCGUCCCGGACAGAGGAUACCUGGAGCAUACCACUGACCCAAACCUCUACAAGGCAAACGGAACGAGUAGAAUGGUGAUCAUAGACUUCCCCGGCACGACUGCUAUCGACGCACAGGUUGCCAACCUUGCAAAUACCUGUGGGGGGCUGUCCAGUAUCCUCAUCCUGGUCAUGAAAUUCGACGGGGACACCAGUACAGACCAUAUCAAGCAGAUGAAGGAAGCCCGUAAGCUGGCUGACGAUUUCAACUGUUGCAUUCUCCUUUGCAUCAGUCACUGUGGUCUCUACAAGGGCACGCUGAAGGACAAGGAGACUGUAGAUGCCUACAGAGAGAAUUACAGGCAGCAUCUCGAACUCGACCCAGCCAACAUCCUCAUGGCGGAGCUUGUGGAGAACAUCGAGGACUUAGAGAGCAGGGGAAUAAUUGGCCCAGACGGGGUGAGGAUGUGGUUGAAAGAUUGGAUGAUCAAAUAUGACGUGUUCGAAGACGAUGAGGAGCAGCUUAAUGCUGCAGUGAACAUGUAGGGGUGGACAAUGUUUCAAGGCGUGUGUGUGUGGGCAUGAAUAUCCCAUGUGUUUGUGAGUGUGUUUGUGUGUGU